CAGAGCAGAGAGGCAGACGAAGGAGCUGGAGAAGCAGCAGCCGUCCAAGUGGGUUGGGAUGCAAGAGCCUGAACCAGCAGCAAAGCAAGAGAGAGGAAGAUGGGGACUUGGCACGCCCGGCAACUGUGGGAGUAAAACCGAAGGGAGCAAAAAGGCAGACCUCCCAGAUUUUCUGUACAUUCUACUUUGAGAGUAUCUAGCCAGUGGGUCAGGAGCAAGCAAAGAAUAUGGAGCAGGAAGUGGAUUUGAUGGAAGAACGAGAAAUGCUGGUGGGUGGUGAUCCUGGUGCAACAGUUUCACAAGAACAGAUCCAGCCUUCCUGUCAAGAUGACCUCAGCAUCCAGCCAAGCCAGAGUGUUCCGUUGCGUUUGAGGCAGCGAACUCGGCAGCAUGAUCCUGUCCGGCCCUGGAAGUCUCUUCCAGCCACCCCUACGGGGGACCUGGAGACUGAUCCAGCAGUCUUCUUUUCCUCCCUGACGUCUCUUCAGGCAGAGGAAUUUUUUGAUAUGGUGGCCACGGUCCAAGCUCGGAGGCUUAAUGAUCAGCGUGCUGAUUUUGCAGGGGCUGAAAACACAAGUGCAGAGAACUCAGGGGUCUCCGAAGAGCAACUCUAUGACACUAUUUUAGCUCAUCAAAGCCAGCGUCUUGAGGACCAGCGCACUGAGCCCCCCAUCCCAGUAGGAGUUCAAGGACUGCUGGAUUUGCUGCUCAGAGCCCAGGGGACCCGUAUGGAAGAUCAGCGCUCACCUCUUCCUCCUGGUCUUGCUGCGCCAUCCUUGUUAACAAGACAACCCCCUUUCCUACACAGUGUGUGAAUCUCGAUGCCUCCUUUCUGCAAUUGUGGUUCUUGAGAUACCGCACCAAGCUGUGAAGCUUUAUAUGAGCCUUCUAACCCACCACUUCACCAAGGCUUCUGUUUCCAGAUUUUGGGGGAUUGAGACUGGAUCCUCUACUUCCUUUCCCCCGUUCCAGGUUUUGUUUUCUGCUGCCUUUCUACUUACUGUUGCAUUACCUAGCCUCUAGGUGGCACUGGGAGCUAGCGGAACGGAGAGCCCGCUCACUGGGGCUUCCUUCCCCAUUACAUGGGACUUUCGCAGAUCAAAAGACGUGCCACAGCAAUGGUUGCAAAGAACAUGAGAGGGACCACAGAAAGAAGACAUCGUGCUUCUGCUUCAUUUCUGUGACUGAGAAAUUGUGAGUGUGCAAUACAUGCCUUGAGUAAAGGAGCUCCUAAAUUAAAGGUACUCGGGACUGAGAAACCAAACUCUGUUGAGUCAAAGGCACUGCACCAUGUUGCAAAAAUAGACAAAACUAUGGCUGGCUUUCUCCGGACACAGAACCUCAAAUUGCUAAUUAAUGGCUUCCCCAUCAAGAUUUCCUACCCUUCAGCAGCAUUGCUUUCCACCUGGUGGCAGCAGCAGCAAGUAGCAGGAUGUGUUUAUUAAAAGUGCGUGUAUUACAGUAGCCCGUGUGGUGCAGCUGUCAGAAGGCUGCACUGGGAGAUUCAGCUUCUAGUCCCCACUCAGCCACGAAGCUCGCUGGGUGAAUGUGAGCCAGUCACAUCCUCUCAGCCUAACCUGCCCCGAGGGGGUGAUUCUGAGGUAAAAUGGAAAAGAGGAGUGUUUAAGCCCUCCUGGGCUCCUUGCUAGAGGAGUGAUACUUAUAAAAUUAAUACAUAAUAUUAAGAGCUAUGAACAGAAAAAAGAGCAUUUCUUUACUUUCAAAGAAUUUGAAUUUCACAUUAAACCAAAGAAAAAUUAUUAUUUUGUUAAGCAAUGUGGCUGCAAUAUAUGACCAUCUUAAGAUGGUGACUUUUCCACUACUUGUCAGGCUAAUUAAGCUGGCAUAUGGACAGGUAGCAUUGCACUAGGAUUCAGGUUGCAGGGACCCUCGGGGUCCUCUUCCUACAAAAUGUAUGAGCACCUCCUUCCCAUCUUCCCUUAUGCCUCUGAGUCUGAGAGGGGAGAGUCCAGGACAGUAACGGAGGUCACUCUGUUUCCUCUCUGGUCAUGGCUCACAGAGGGCAGGUGAAGAAGACAGGCAGCAAAGAGAAAGAGCAGCAGGACCAGGAGGCUGUAAGAGCUGGCAGUGGGACCCUGCUGGUGCAUAAAAAUGGCUACUCCGGUGCCAGUCCUGUAGUCCAGCUCCAGGUUUUUGAGAUCCAUUGGGCAAGAGACUCCCUGUGGGCCCCAUGCCUCGGCGAGUGUCCUUUCACGCUGGUGGCGUCACCAGCUAUCCUUGCUCCCAUUCCUCUUUCCAUCUGUCGCUUGGUGGCAAGCGGAGAAUCGGUGCGCAGUUGCCAGUGGCAUCUUCGUGCACCACUGUUGCCAGGAAUAAGUGGGUGGCGAGCAGGUGAUGAGAAGAGUAACUCCAUGGGCCUCUGCCUGGCUAAGGACCCUUGGCAGAUGCUCAGCCAAGCUGAACCUUGACACCAGUCCCACAGCUUUACCAGGCUGGACCAGCUAGCAGAUAAUCUCAAGUUCUAAAGUUAGGACUAGAUCUGAGCUGGAAAAAAUGAAAUGUAAAUUAUUCAAAUGUGCUUGUAAAAAACCAGCUUCAAAUGCACCUAAUUUAAAGCUUUUCAGAUCCUGUUUUAUUUAGGCACGUCUGUGCUACAAAGUUACCACAUUUCCAAAUGCCUGGAAGUGGAAUGGAAGCUGUCAUUCCGGAGACAGGGCUGGUUUUCCUGCUAACCUCCUGCAGUCUCUGUCCAGGCAGCAACUUCCUACAUCUGUGGCAAACAGGACAGGCACCUAUGUGAAGUAUUAGGGCUGGUCGCCCUCCUCACCUAGAAUGCUGUCCAUGAAAGCAUCACUGCUCAACAGAGCUCUGCGCAAUCAUGUCUUUCAAAGUCAAAACACAGACCAAGGAAUUUCAUUGUAAUAAGGAAUGCAUCCAGCUGGACUACUACCUACCCACAAACUCAGCAUGGACAUGGCUGUUAUUUCCAGCUAAACUGUUCCAGAGAUGAAGAAAACGACAGCAAUCCACCACCAUGGCAAAAGUGUUGUCGUGUAUACACAAUUGCACUUUAAUGCAAUCAUAGUAAACUUUGUUGUUGAGCUACUGUCCUGUGCAAAUAAAUGCAUUUCUAAAAA